UGCGCAUUUUCCAGCUGAGUUUCCCUCACAGGCGGAGGUUCUACCUGUCCCGGAUUGUCGUGUAAGCGCCGACACAGCAGACCGGCAGGGAAAUCAAGAUUCUCGACUACCGUUCACAUAUCGUUGAAUAAUUAUGUACAAAACGGUGCGGAAAGGCGAUACUAGUCUGCAGUACACGAUACUGCCACAGACGGAUCAGUUCUCGUCCGGCGGAUUCCCGCAGGCUUCCGGCAAGCCCCGGUCGGGGAUCAUCAAGUACACGUUGUACAUUGUAAUGGCGUUGAUCAUACUGUCCUGCGUGGCCCCGCCGUUUCUGAUGAAUAACAAGUACGAUCCUAAGCUCUUCGUCAGCAGAAUGCGAGCAAUGCUUAGCCGAGUGGAGUUGGAGAGAAAUGUGUCGAGAAGCCAAAUGAAGAACGUCAGUGAGAGUAAGAACAGAGGCAGAAUUACGACUACGACGGUAUCGACGACCGAGGUCACAAGAAGGAAAGAUCUCGAAGACGGCACAACCUCCUUCAAUGUAAUUCUCCGAGGUGAGGAAGAGGAAGAAGAAGCUAUGGUUGAUGACGUCACAGCAGACACACCGGAAAUCAGUACACAAGUAAUAUCGAGCAUGGAAACGUCGACGAGGGACCGUCAAGCGGCAACAACUUCUUCCGCUCUACCGUCGACGAUGCCGUCAAUCUUUUCGGCAUCGUCGACGACAUCGAAGGCAUCCUCGAGCGGUACAACGGAGGACACGAAGACGCUGCAGAGCACGCCCAAAAAGCCGAAAAUGCCAAGAGUGACCCUGAAGCUGCGAGAGAACGAGACGAUACCGCAGAUGUACGUGAAAGCGGGGAUAGCCUCCUACAAGAAGGGCAACAUCACCACCAGCGUCCUCGCGCCUCGUCUGAGUCUUGAGGGGUUGAUAUUCAAAACGCCGGAAGGCACGAUAAAACCCUGGCCCCAAAAGUGGUUCUUCGGCGAGCCCUCCGAUUCCGACGUCAAGACGUGGAAAGUGUUCGCCAUCAAUCACAUGCCGAUGAUAACGGUUUGUGCAAUUUUUGGAGGAAUGUGCGCAACGGCGUGCGGUCUAAUUGCCCUGAUGAUUCACGUGCAACGUAAAGCGUUUAGACGUGCGGAGCAGAACAUCGAGGAGCCGGAGAUCGAGGAACACGAGUCGAUCCUGCUGGGCGCGGAGAGCCAAGAGAUCGAGGAAAAGGAGUAAUCUCGGCGACGAGCACGACGCACCCGUACAUAGCGCGCGUAAGACUUGCCUAUUUUUACAAACACACGUUGGUUAGGCUUAGGCGUCUUCCACGUCAAAGGUUAUAGAACGAUAAACGCGGGCGAGAUACGAGAAGGAUUUUUUUACGAUGUAGCCAGCUGUAGAGAAUCGCGGUACGAUAAUGCACGAAACAACGUGAUUGUCCAGCCUGAGAUGAGGAUCCGCUGCACGAGAUUCGUUUGCUGCGAGACUGCUCACUACUGCGUUGCUGUUACGUUUAUCUCUUUAUGUCAGAUUUUUCAAACAGACGGCUUUUUUGCAAAUGCGGAAACAAUCAUAUUUGUACAAUCAUUUUUAACGUCGCGUUUUUGUUUGAGUGUCCGAUUAUAACAUGCUCGUCGAAAUAAAUUAGGACCAGUUAUACGUUUGUUGCAACUGCAGUAUAGUUCGACUAGCGAUCGCUAUACAUAUAAUGAUUACAUAAUGAUGUUGAUAUGACAUUAAUCUUGCGAUAAUCGAACUGAUCGUAAAGAAAGUUUUGUUGUUUACUAUAUAAGUUUGCGAUGAGACACGGCAGGUUUUACAAACCCGUCAUGACGGGCGCACAAUUGUGUGUAUGCUGACAAACUAUAUAUAUAUACAGAGAAAAAAAUACGUAUCUCACACUGGCAAGUUAAGGAGACCAAAAUUUAUAAACUAUUUAAAAAAAACAGAACUCUAGUAUACUCUCUUUAUAAAUUCCUUUGAAAGUUCUUACGAAAUUACAAAUUUGCUAAAGAUUAAAGAAGUAUCCCAAAAAACAUAAACGACAUUUUCAAAAUUCCAAUUAGCAAAUGAAAUUUCCGACGCACGUUUCUCUGCAGGAAAAGUGUAGAAAUUAAAAAUAAUAUUAAAUGAUAAUAAAUUUGUAUACUGCCGCAAGGUAGAAUAUUUAUCUCUUGAUAAAAUUAAUCAAGAAAUUUAGGAGAAAAAAAAUCUCUUCAAUCAUAGUACGCGCAAUAGCAUGAGAAAGUAAACGUUAAAAAUGAACGUACCGCGAAGCCUUGUAGCGUCUUAAGCUUAAGAUGCUACCAAUAAACAAUUUUUAGAGUCCGAAAGAGAUGUCUCCUUAAUUCGGCCACCUAUAUUUGCUAAACUUUCUAUAAUGUACACGAUAUACGUAUAUAAAUACACGAUAUACGUAUAUAAAUACACGAUAUACGAUUAUAAGAUAUUAUGUAUAUGUGUGUCAUCAACUUUUCUAGCGGAUCUCGAAAAAGCAAAGAAUGCUUUUUAACUUUCUGACGUCAGUCGAAUUCUAUCUGCGUACAAAAGUAGCCGCACUGCCAGCUACAAUAAAGGGCCUCGCUUUCCAGCCCCGUUUAAUUAAAAGUGAUGUUUGACGAACGUGCUAUCAGGUGUAUCGUUUAAUCGAUAUCCACAUGCCGUAUACUCGGCGAUAUCUGUCGCGCGGGGAAACGUUAAUACCACAUUUUGCAAAAUAUGA